AUUAAGAUUCCCCCCCUCUCUCUCAGGAUCAAUCUCAAUGUAAAGACUUUUCAUUUUCCUUGAUCUAAAGUAUCUCCUUUCAUUUAUGGUACUGUGAUCAUUCUGCCAAUUAAAUCGAAAACCAGAAGCCAAAAAGAAUUCCCUCCAUGAAAUUUCCCAGAAAAAGAAGGCGGUGUGUGAUAUCCCCCUCGCUAUCUCAGGUCCUAUGAAUAAGGCUGAUUUUUCUGGUGGAAGUUCCAAGUAAGUGGAAAGUAUUGGUUUUUUCGGAAAAAGAAUGAUGGAAAAGAAAGAGAAAAAGUUCCUCACGGUCGCUCCCUUCGAGUGUGCUUGGAUAAAGGAUUUGAAAUUCCGGGAAGCUGGCAGAGGAUGUGUAGCAUUCGAUGCUUUCGCACACAAUGAUGUUACUGUGGUGUUUAGGGAGAAUGUUGGAAGUCAACACUACCAUUACAAGAGGGAUAACUGUCCUCAUUAUACUGUGAUCAUUGGUAGUCAUAGGAACAGUAGAUUGAAGAUUGAGGUUGAUGGGAAAACUGUGGUUGAUGUUGUAGGGAUUGGUCUAUGUUGUUCUUCAGCAUUUCAGAGUUAUUGGAUCAGCAUCUAUGAUGGAUUGAUUAGUAUAGGAAAAGGAAGAUACCCUUUUCAGAAUCUUGUGUUCGAGUGGCUAGAUACAAAUCCCAAUUGUAGUGUUCGGUAUGUGGGACUAAGUAGCUGGGAUAGACAUGUCGGGUAUAGAAAUGUGAACGUAUUGCCCUUGACGCAAAAUCAUAUGUUGCUGUGGAAGCAAGUUAAUGGCGAAUACAAUGGAAACGAUGAUGAGUUUGAAGAUCAACAAAUGGGCCAUGAUAAGUGGGGACUUCAAAAUUUUCUUGAGAGUUGGGAAUUAUCUGAUAUGUUGUUCGUUGUUGGUGAGGAGGGAAGGCCUGUCCCUGCUCAUAAGAUUAUAUUGCAAGCAUCAGGGAAAUUUUCUCUGAGUUCAUCGCAUGGUGAUGUGGUUCAGCUACAGCAGGUAGCAUAUCCAAUUCUUCAUGCGCUUCUUCAAUAUGUAUAUGCAGGCCAAACACAGAUUUCAGAGUCACAACUUGGUUCAUUGUGGGCUUUGAGCUCACAGUUCGAAGUGAUGCCACUGGUGAAGCAAUGCGAGGAAGCAAUGGAGCGGGUUAAAGCGAGCAAAAUGUUGGACUCAGGUGAGACUGUAGAGUUAUCAUAUGCAAGUUCUCAUAUCCAUUCUGGAGGAAAUUUCUGCUGUGGGCUCCCAAUAAACAUUCAGAGACUCCAGCAAUUUCUUUCAACGGGCGAGUACAGUGAUAUUAGUAUUUACAUUGAGGAUCAAGGUCUCAUUGCUCGGGCUCAUAAAGUCAUUCUCGGCUUAUAUAGUGUCCCAUUCGCGAAGAUGUUCACUAAUGGAAUGUGUGAGAGCAACUCAGCUGAGAUUUGUUUGAGGGAUGUAACUCCAGGAGCAUUGAAGGCUAUGCUUGAAUUCAUGUACUGCGGGAAACUCAGGAUCGAGGAUAACGAGGACUUCGGUACCUUGUUACUGCAGCUCCUCCUAUUAUCUGACAAAUUUGGAAUCACUCUUCUUCAUCAGGAAUGCUGCAAAAUGCUUUUAGAAUGCCUCUCAGAGGACUCUGUCUGUCCAAUACUCCAAGCGGUUUCUUCAAUCCCUUCGUGUAAACUUAUCAAGGAAACUUGUGAAAGGAAGUUUGCCAUGCACUUUGACUACUGCACUACUGCAAGCCUUGAUUUCAUCUCUUUAGAUGAGACAGCAUUUAGGAAUAUUUGUCAGCAUCCAGAUCAAACGGUAACAUCUGAAGAAAGAGUUCUCGAUGCAAUUUUGAUGUGGUACAUGAAAUCAGAGAGAUUGUGUGGGUGGGAAGUGGUGAAUGAGCUUAUUACAAAUUCAAAUUUAGAAAGUGUGUUCGAGGAUAGGCUCCAACUGAUUAAUGACUUGCUUCCAUCAGUGCGGUUUCCUUUAAUGUCAUACUCCCUGCUUAAGAAGUUAGAAGAUACCAGUCUAAGCAGGCAGAUUCCUGCUUUUGGUGACCUUGUUAGGGAAGCCAUUAAUUAUAUAGAAUGCGGAGCAUCAACACAUGCAAAUGACAAGAAUGUAAGGUUUCAACAUAGGCGUUCCAGUUAUAAGGAGCUCCAGUAUAUAUGCGAUGGGGAUAGCAAUGGAGUUCUCUACUUCUCAGGGACAUCAUAUGGGGAACAUCCAUGGGUUAACCCUGUUCUGUCCAAGAGAAUUAUUAUUACACCUAGUAGCCCUGCUUCAAGACACACUGACCCCAAAUUUUUGGUAUCAAGAACUUACCAGGGAACAUGUUUUGCUGGGCCUCGUAUGGAAGACGAAAAUAUCUGUGCAUGGUGGAUGGUUGACAUUGGCCAAGAUCAUCAGCUUAUGUGCAACUACUACACAUUGAGACAGGACGGCUCCAGGGCCUACAUAAGGAAUUGGAAAUUUCAGGGUUCUAUGGAUGGAAGGGCUUGGACAGAUUUGAGGGUGCACGAGAAUGACCAAACUAUGUGCAAGCCCGGUCAGUUUGCAUCGUGGCCUGCAAAUGGACCAAAUGCUCUGCUUCCAUUUAGAUUCUUCAGGGUUCUACUCACUGGUCCAACCAUGGAUGCCUCGAACCGCUGGAACUUGUGCAUUUGCUUCUUGGAGUUGUACGGUUACUUUCACUGAAUUGAAUUAAUUAUGUGCAUCUAUUUGAGCGUUGUCCAAUAUCAAGUUUUUCUUCUCGUUUAA